AUGAACAGACAAGUCUGCAAGACCCUAGGCGGUGGGAGCCAGGGCUUCUCUGGCCGCUCGGCUGUGCUCUCUGGCAGCAGCCGCAUGAGCUGCGUGGCCCGCACCGGGCGCUCUGGUGGAGGAGCCUGUGUGUCCCGUAGUGGGGCAGGUGGCUUUGGCAGCCAAAGUCUCUACAACCUGGGUGGCAACAGGAGCAUCUCCUACAGUGUGGCUGGUGGUUCCAGGGGUGGAGCCUUUGGCUAUGGUGGUGGACGCAGCAGCUAUGGAAGUGGCUUUGGAGGAGCUGGUGGCUUUGGAGGGGCUGGUGGCUUUGGAGGAGCUGGUGGUUUUGGAGGAGCUGGUGGUUUUGGUGGCAUGGGUGGCUUUGGAGGUGGUGGUGGCUUUGGAGGGGCUGGUGGCUUUGGACCUGGUGGCUUCCCUGGUGGGAUCCAGGAAGUAACUGUCAACCAGAGCCUCCUGCAACCCCUCAAUGUGGAGAUCGACCCCCAGAUUGGGGCUGUGAGGACUCAGGAGCGGGAGCAGAUCAAGACCCUCAACAACAAGUUUGCCUCCUUCAUUGACAAGGUUCGGUUCCUGGAGCAGCAGAACAAGGUUCUUGAGACCAAGUGGAACCUGCUUCAGCAGCAGGGCAUCAACUCUGUCACGGGCACCAACAGCCUCGAGCCCCUCUUUGAGAGCUACAUCAGCAGCCUUCGGAGGACUUUGGAUGGGCUCCAAGGAGAGCGAGGGAAACUGGAUGGAGAGCUGAGGAGCAUGCAAGAGUUGGUGGAAGACUUCAAGAAGAAAUAUGAAGAUGAAAUCAACAAACGCACAGCUGCCGAGAAUGAGUUUGUGACACUUAAGAAGGAUGUGGAUGCUUCCUACAUGAACAAGGUCGAGCUGCAGGGCCGGGUGGACAGUCUGACUGAUGAAGUCAAUUUCAUUAGGACUCUCUAUGAUGCGGAACUGAACCAGAUGCAGACCCAUGUGAGCGACACUUCUGUCAUCCUCUCCAUGGACAACAACCGCUCCCUGGACCUGAAUAGCAUCAUUGCUGAGGUCCAAGCACAGUAUGAAGAGAUGGUUGAGAGGAGCAAGGCAGAGGCCAAUGACCUAUACCAGAUUAAGCUAGGAGAGCUGCAAAACAAGGCUGGCAGGCAUGGUGAUGACCUGAAAAGCACUAAGAGUGAGAUCAUGGAACUCAACAGGAUGAUCCAAAGGCUUCAGGCUGAGAUUGAGAAUGUCAAGAAACAGAAUGCCAACCUGCAGGCAGCCAUAGCUGAAGCUGAGCAGCGUGGGGAGCUGGCCCUCAAGGAUGCUCAGGCCAAACUCCAGGAAUUACAGAGUGCCCUGCAAAAAGCCAAGGAUGACCUGGCCCGCCUGCUUCGAGACUACCAGGAACUGAUGAAUGUGAAGUUGGCCCUGGAUGUUGAGAUUGCCACUUACAGGAAGCUGUUGGAGGGAGAGGAGUGCAGGAUGUCUGGAGAGUUCCAGAACCCUGUGAGCAUCUCUGUGGUCAGCAGCAGUACCUCUACCUCCGUGUCCGGCGGUGGAUACGGCGGCGGCUUCGGCGGCGGCCGCGGAGCAGGCAGUGGCUUCGGCGGCGGCAGCGGUUUCGGCGGCGGUAGCGGCUUUGGCAGCGGCAGCAGCAGCUUUGGCUCUGGAGGGCGCUCUAGGGUCAGCGGGGGUGGAAUCAGCUCCAGCAGCACUCGCGGGGGCAGCAGCAGCAGCAGCAGCACCGUCAAGUACUCUCAGUCAUCCAACCAGCGCUCCUCCAGAUAA